ACUAAAUUAAUUAUAUUGUUUGUUUAAAAUGAAUACGCAGGUGUUUAAAUUUUAUACAAUAAAAUAAUUGAAAUAUUCAUGCUACAUUAAAAACAUUUAAAAUUCUGUGAUUAUAAUGGCAUCGACUGAAGUGAUCAAGAAAUGUGUUGUUUGUGAUGAUAAGGCUAGCGGCUUUAACUUCAAUGUCCUGACCUGUGGCUCAUGUAAGGCAUUCUUCCGGAGGAAUGCCCUCAAGGAUGAGAACCAUUUCAAGUGUCCAUUUGAGGGUAAAUGUGAUCUAAAUCUGAUUACCAGAAAAUUUUGUCAAAAAUGUCGACUAAAUAAGUGUUUCGAAGUGGGAAUGAAAAAAGACUUAAUUUUAAGUGAACGGGAAUUGGAGUUAAGGAGCAAAAGGAGAGCCGAAAAGAAAAUGAAAUCAAAACUUAAUUCUCAAAAAAAGAUGACAACUGAUGAUAAGUCGACCACAGAUUCCGGGAAUAGUAGUGUUGACAGCGAUUUCAUGACUCAAAUAUUUCUCGACACCAGUAUUAGUGAUGAGAAAAUUAAGGCACAAAUCAUUGACAUCGAGAACAGUGUCGAUGCAACUAAGAAAACGAUUGUCUGGACACAUAAACCGAGCACUUCAAAGGUGUCUGAGUUCCCAAUCAUACCCAUCGUGAGACCCAUCACUGAUUACAACAACAACUUCAAUGCUAUUGAAAGCAAUCGACUGACGGAACUGUUGAGCGCUUCUCAUAUAUUUAAGAUGCCGUACGGAUCGGUCAAAUCGGUGGCCAAUACCUAUUUGGACGCCAUGGAAGCCAUAGCUGAGCACAUGGAGCAAGUGAUUGACAAAUUGGUGUCGAUGUCCAAAAGGCUGACACUAUUUAACGCCGUUUGUGUGAGCGAUCAGAUCGCUCUCAUUAAGUAUGGGAGCAUCGAAAUGGUAUACUUGAGACAAAUCAUUGGCUAUAAUGCGGACACUAAUCAGUUAGUUGUUCCUGAUGAGGACCCGACGCAAUCUGUGGUCGUAUACCUGGAUGCUAUAAACCAAGAAAAGCAGUAUUUAUAUAAAGCCUUUGUUAAGUAUUUUCAAGAAUUUGUGAGGGAAUGGGAUUGUGACGAGACUAUUGUGGAUUUGUUGACGGCUAUCAUUUUAUUUGAUCCCAAUCGACCUGGCCUACAGCACCGGACGUUGGUUAAGUGA